AUGAAGAGUGUGGAGCUGUACAUCAAUGUAGACUGUAGAGGUGAGACGGCAGCAUUGACUUCACUGGAGACUCAUGGCAGCAGAUCAGAUUCCAACGCUGCAAGUGUGCUCAUCCCUCUGAUCUACAUCACUGUGUGUAUAGUCGGCCUGAUCGGAAACACUCUUGUUAUUCACAUCGUGCUGCGAUAUUCUCAAGCUGAAUCUGUGACCAACAUCUACAUCCUAAACCUGGCCAUAGCCGAUGAACUCUUCAUGUUGGGUUUACCUUUUCUCGCCGUGCAAAACGCUCUCCUCUCCUGGCCCUUCGGUUCUUUGAUGUGUCGUCUUGUGAUGACAGUGGACGCCAUAAAUCAGUUCACCAGCAUCUUCUGCCUGACCGUGAUGAGCAUCGACAGAUAUCUGGCUGUAGUGCAUCCCCUCCGAUCCUCUAGGUGGCGCCAGCCGCGGUUGGCGAAAGCAGUGAAUGGCACGGUCUGGGCGGUGUCGUUCGUGGUCGUUCUGCCCGUGGUGGUGUUUGCGGACGUUCUGAAGGACGAUGGAAACUGCAGCAUCGUGUGGCCAGAGCCAGCAGAGGUGUGGAAAGCCACUUUUAUUAUCUACACGGCGACGGUGGGAUUUUUCGGUCCACUGACAGUGAUCUGCCUGUGCUAUCUGCUGAUCGUGGUGAAGGUACGCAGCUCCAGCCGCAGGGUCCGAGUCUCUUCUCUCAGACGCAGAAAGUCGGAGCGCAAGAUCACGCGGAUGGUGGUGAUUGUCGUGGCGGUGUUCGUGUUCUGCUGGUUACCGUUUUACGUAUUGAACAUCGUGAACCUGUUGGUUCUGCUCCCGGGAGAUUUCCGCGGACUCUAUUAUUUUGUGGUGGUUCUGUCUUACGCCAACAGCUGCGCUAAUCCUAUUCUUUACGGCUUUCUGUCAGACAACUUUAAAAGGGGCUUCAGGAAAGCUCUGUGUCGGUCAUCUCGACGUGUCGACAACCGGGAUCAACAGCGGGGGACGGGAAUGAUGGCCGUACCGUUGGAAGAGAUCCGAAGGGAACUGGAACCCAGAAAUCUUCUGAAUGACACAGAGAAAGGCAACGUGACUGGAGAGAUGAAGAGCGAUGAGAAGACGGAGCUCAGCGGUAGGAAGAACGGGUGCCAGCGGGACACUGGAAGAGCAGAAGGUGACCGCUCCAUCAGUCUGAACCCCGAACCCACAGCUGCUCGCAAUGGAGCACAAAGAGCAGAUCAAAUCCUGACGGAGAAAAUCUCUGCGCUGGAAAUCAGUUAUCUGUAA